UCGCCUCCCUACCUAAUGUCUUUUCAGCAAGAAGAGGAGAGGACCAAAGGGCCGGCCGGAAUCGACGCCAUGCAUUCAUGCAUGCAGAUUUCUUUUCAGGGGUUCAUGCAGAUUUCUGGAAUGUGGAGAUCCCGCGUAAGGCCCUCUGCAGUCUGUACUGAUCGAUCUUUUCCCCCUUCUUAAUCCAGUUCUGACGAACUUGCGGCCGUUGUUGCCGACUCUGCAUCCGCGCUGACUCUGCAAGAGGCGGAUACUUCAUCCUCGGAGGAGGAGGAGGAGUUGCUCCCAUCAUCGGAGGAACCAAUCACUUCCAGUCCAGGGACACUGCCGCAAAGCACCCUCGAUGGCUCCUCGACCUUCUUCCCAUCCAGCGAGGAGGAGCUUGCGGCAGGUGCUGCUGGGUCUGCAUCGUCUGAACAAUUGAUGAGCACUGCCAGUCCAAGUAGUGUGCUGCACUUGCGUGCCACGGCUGAGGACUCUCCACCAUCGGCUUCAUCUGUCGGGCCUCCCAUUCUGUUGUGCAGGCCCCCGAAUUGGUAUCAGUACUUUUACAUGAGGACGGAUCGGGAGGGAUAUCUGCACAUGUAUCCCGAUCUGGGCGGACCAUUUGGAAGCUUGCAGGAAGCUGAAGCUGCUAUCAAUCGCCAUCUUGAAGAACGGCGGCUCCCAGAAAUAUGCCAGAAGCCAUCUGAAGGUCCUCGUGUGGAGUGGCUUAUUAAACAAUGUCUUUACUAUCCCGAUGGCACGCCAAAGAGAGGCCCCAAUGCACCAUCCAAGAAUUCCAAGGAUCACAUGUGUCAUUUGGUUAAAGCUUUAUUGGACCAGUAUAAUGAUUAUUACAAUCUUUCCAAGGAUCUUUCACGUGAACUCAAAGAUCUUGUGAGCUUCGACUGGAUGUAUGAGAACAAUAAGACUUAUUAUCAUUUUAACUUCACAUCGAAGACGAACAAAGCUGAUGAUGUCAAUCUAUUCUUUGCUGAAGUGAUGUGGAUAAAAAAUGGUUAUGCGGUCACCUGUUGUUGCAUGAUCAAACCUAAAGAUGAUGGUUGUUGCUAUGGUUGCACCAAUCCUAAGCAGAAGGUUAUACACCCAAAUAAUAGUCGUGCAUACAUUGGGGGGCAUGUGAGUGGAGAUGUGCCAUUUGGAGGUGAUGAUGACUCUAGCGAUGAGGAUGAGGAAGCUUUUGUGGCCAGACUAAGGUUUUUUUAAGGGGCAGUGAAGAGGCGUUGGCGGAGAAUUAAGAGCGGUGGAGCACACUGUAUUGCAUCUGUUGCUAAAAUCUGCCGUGUCAAAGUUCAUUUUUUAUGGGUGCUAUUCUCAGUUUUUAUCCCUCCCUUCACCUGUGGGACGGUUGUUUUUGUUUAUUUGAAUCUUAAAGUCUCGAUCGAAUUAUAUGAUAUACUUAUAUUGUAAGGGAGAAGACGUCCCAUCUGUUACCAUUCAGAUAAUAUUAUUAUAUUAUUAAACAAUG